CCGACGAGGAAAAUAAAUUAAUAACGAGAAAUUCUCCACUGGUUGGAAAUCGAAAUCCAAUUAGUAAAUAAUUAAUAAUUAUCACAGGUGACGACCUGGGGAAGUUGUGGGAAACCCUCACUUCAAUAUUUGGAUUUGAUGACUUCCACAGAGGAGAGGACGUAGUCCUGGAAGUGGUGGAUGAGUCAUUGUUAAUGAAAGCAGACAAACUUAAAUACAAGCUUGGUAAAAACAUGAUGGUAGAUGGGCAAUGGGAAGCACUGAUAAAGUGGUAUGAGGACAAGCUCUUAAUAAACACACCACCCAUCAUGCCUAAAGUUUAUGAGGAACAUCCUAUAGCUAUUAUUGAGGUCAGUAAGGAAAGAGUUGACGAGGAGAGUGAGGACGAGGAAAAGGGUAAGAAUGACGAGGUCCAAAGGGAUGAAAAGACGAAUACAGGUCAGACGGCCGGACGAGUGGAUGAGCAAAAUGCAAUAAUAGCUAACACUCUCAAAUCAGGUAAUUCAAAACCCCAAAUUAAAAAAAUUGAACAUAUAGAAACGAAAGUUACGAUAAAAUCACCUGUAAAAGUUCACUCAAAUGAUCUGACGAAAACUAAAAUUAAUGAGAAACAAAAUGCAUUUCCAGUACAAGACAGACUUGAACAAGUAUGUGCAAAACUGGAUUCGGUCACCAAUGUACUUCUAAAAAUAACUAAAUUACAAACUAACACGGGUACAUUUUUAAUGGAAGCGAUAAAAGAAGUUAAAAAGGAAGUACAGGUGGGACGGAAUGAGAGAGAGGAUAGAAUUCAGAACAUUGAAGAGAAUAUGGAGAAGUUGUUGACUUGGGCUGACGAUCAGGACGAGAAGGAAGAGGCAAUAAGGAAACAGGACGAGCCAAGUAGCACAGAGGUGAGAACAGCAAAUCUGGCAUCCAAAGAUACUAGAUGCUACGAGUGUGGCGGAUUCGGUCAUCUCGGACGAGAAUGCCCUGGACGCGGACAAGGGAAAUUGUGCUAUUUGUGCAAAGAGUUCCGUCAUACCAGACGAGAAUGUCCGAAAUCAGGAAAGAAAAAUAAUUAAAGAUCAAAGCACUGUAUUAAAGGACUCAGCAGCAGUCGGGAGGGAGUGUUGAAAAGUGGCUCCAGGUACUGGUCCUCGUUACCUGUACUACGUUCUACCUCAUUACCAUUAACCUACAUUACCAUGUGCCUUGAUAAACUAUGUUACCAUAUAGCGAUACUGUUAAGAUGGAGACGAGACCGUGCGCAUGCGCAGCUCUCGUCUCGACACGUUGAGGCAUGGGGUGGCUCUUUCGUGUUCCACAAUGACUAGACGCAGGACGAGUCUGACGUAUGCAUU